GUUGAAAACGAUGAAUCGAUUCGAAAUAUGCCCAUCCCAAAGCAGAAGACGUGUUGGAUUUGUUGUGAACGGUUUUGAAGUUGCGGUUGCUUACCUGUCAUCGUAAGAGAACAGGAGAUUUAUCUGUCAUUCCCAACGAUUAAAAAUGUCAACUUCUGGAGAUUUUGGAAAUCCUUUAAGAAAAUUUAAACUUGUUUUCUUAGGUGAACAGAGUGUGGGUAAGACAUCAUUGAUUACAAGAUUUAUGUAUGAUAGUUUUGACAACACAUAUCAGGCUACCAUAGGUAUUGAUUUCUUAUCAAAAACAAUGUAUCUAGAAGAUAGAACUGUUAGAUUGCAAUUGUGGGACACAGCUGGACAGGAAAGGUUUCGUAGCUUAAUCCCCAGUUAUAUUCGUGAUUCAACUGUGGCUGUUGUAGUCUAUGACAUCACAAAUGCUAAUUCAUUCCAUCAGACAUCAAAAUGGGUUGAAGACGUCAGAACGGAAAGAGGCUGUGAUGUAAUAAUUAUGUUAGUUGGCAAUAAAACAGAUUUAGCUGACAAAAGGCAAGUGACAACAGAAGAAGGUGAAAGGAAAGCAAAGGAGCUAAACGUUAUGUUUAUAGAAACCAGUGCAAAAUCUGGAUACAAUGUCAAACAGCUUUUCAGGCGCGUAGCUGCAGCUUUGCCAGGAAUGGAAACUCCUGAAAGAACAAAAGAGGAUAUUGUUGAUGUGGAUCUCAAAGAUGCUCCUAGUGAACCGCCUAAGCCGGAUGGUGGUUGCAUGUGCUGAAAUGUUGUUUUGAAUUUGGCUUAUAUGGCUGCUUGCCUUGGCUGGUCCAAUUUUGUACUUAAUCCCUUAAGAAGACUCAAGUCAUAUCUAAUAAAAGUCUUCUACAUAGCAUUUUUUUGCAGACUGCUUGAGUUAUAUUUAUUUAAGAGAUACAUUAACGCGUUAAUAGCAUUUUUGAUUUAUGUUCGUAAUUAGUUCUGUUUUUUAUUAUUUUUUUUAUUGACUGCAUGAUGAAAGCAGCUUGUGUUAAUUUAUUUCAUAUAUUUUUUUUAUUUCUUAUUAUUAUCUUACUCUCACUAAAACAUCCUUGGAAAUUGUGAUUUAUUGUGUGUGUAUAUAUGAAGAAUACGUAGUUUGUAUGUAAGUUGAGAAAAUUUGUGUAAAAACUAAAAAAGUAUCUUCUUUAUAAGUACAGUUGACUCUCAAUAUAUUGAACCCUGUCAUCUAGCAAAAAAGGCUAUUGUAAUGUUAGGUAUUGAUAAUGUGAAUUUACAAAAGUAACAUAAAUAUUUAUUUGUAACUGAUAAAUGCUGGAUUAAGUUUGACUAAACCAUAGUUAAAAAGUAUUGGGACCCUGACAAAAUAAUUGAUAAUUAUGUAACAUAACAUAUGUUGCGAGCAACCAUUUUCUAUAAAUAGCUAAUACCCAGAAAACUUUUAAGUCUUAACAAAAUCAAGAGGAAUAAAUUUACAACAUGUACCAAACAUAUACCAACUAAAUCAUAUAGGACGCCAAGAUUUGGAAAAAAAAUAAACAAUACAAUUUUCAAACCAUUAAAGUUUGUUUCUUAAAUUAAAAAGAGAAAGAAAGAUCUUUUGACAAAUGAAAAUACAGUACCUACCCGUUUAAAUGCAAUAAAUGUGUAACAGGCAUCAUGUUGAUUUUACGGUGAUGCAAUAUUCUCUUUCAAUUAUUUAAAGUAAACUCUAAUUCACAUACUUUUGUAGUCCAAACCCAAUUAGAAUAAUAAUAUAUUCAAAAUUAUUUAAAGAUCUUUCACAUUUAUUUUGCAGAAAAAUGGUGGUUUAAAUUUCUAUAAAGUACUGUCGAGUAACCAAUUUUCAAUGGAAGAAUAACUUAUUUUCAAAGUGCAAAAGAGGUUCACUCUUGUUUAAGAAAAGAUCUCGAUGAAAAAAAAAAUUACAUUAGUUCAAUUCAUAUGUUCUUAUGAACAUGAAAAUAAUGUAUGUAAUUUUGCAUCUGUGGAACAUAAAAGGAAACUUAAUGUACUUCUUGUCAAUAAGAAUAAAUAACUAAAUAAUAGAGGAAUAAAUAAAUGGAAGAAUCAAUACUAAAAUAUAUAUACCGUAUUAAUAAACUUGUCGAAACAAAAAUAUUCCUAGAUAUGAUUUUAAUCUUUUCUAAAACUUUAAAAACUUUCUAAAACUUAUCUAUUUUUGCUGAGAAUUUCUUGGAGAUGAAAAGGAAAAAAUCAAAUUACAUUUUGUUUGCUAAGUGAAAUAAAUUAGCAUAUUUUAAGCAAUAAAAGUUUAGUGGGUUAAGUAUUCAAAGUAGCAUGCUAUUGACAUACGUAAAUAACAUUGCAUCUAUGGAAUAACAAAAGGGUUGUUAAUAAUGGAAAGGAUGUUGAUAUAGUGGUCAGAUGUAAUAAUAAUAAAUGUAGUCUGUAUUUGUAAAUUUAAAGAGACAAUAAUCUUUCUGGAUAUAAUUUUAAUCUUUUCUAAAACUUUAAAAGGAUGAUUUUAUUUAGAAGUAUUUACAGGGUAUCUGUGCACCUGGAAAUUCAUGAAUUUCGGUAUUGAACAAAAUUUGCCAUGAAAUGUCAUGAUUUUUACUGUUU